AUGCUGCGCUACCGCUCGGGGCUCUCGCUCACCACCACCAGCCCCAGGAGGCCCGAGGAGGGAGAGGCCGGCAGGAGGAGGGGAAAUGUUUGUCGGCUGCGUUUAACCCUACCUCCUGAAGAAGGCUCACUUUCUCAAGAAGGAAAAAGUAAAACAGAAAGAACCAAAAAGCACCUCUACCAGGUUCCCAAUGGAUUGUCCACAGGGAACUUCUCACCUGGCGUGGUUUAUGGCGUGGUGCACAGAUCCGAUAAUAAUCAUAACAAAGAAAUGGUGGUCUAUGGAUGGUCAACGCACCAGCUGAAAGAAGAAAUGAAGUACAUAAGAGAUGUGAGAUUAACUUUAGAAAAGGCAAGAAAGAAAAUGUAUGGAGAGUAUGACGAAAUGAAACGCAAAAUCCAAGAGCUUACAAAGGAACUGACAGUCUCCAGCACUCAACAGGAAUCUUUGGAAAACCACCUUCAGGUUCACUCUGCAGCUCUGGACAGCUUUAGCGAAAUGAACAGUUCUUUGACCUCGGCCUCCAUCGAGUUACAGAAAACCUUAGUUGAUGUUGCUUUGGAGAACACAGUUAUACAAGACCAGAUAAAGAAUCUGAAGCAAACGCAUGAACAGUCUAUGGAAAAACUGAAGGAGAAGCAGAAACAACUGGAAACGGCCCGAGUGGAAAAUGAAUUGCUCAAGAUAAAAGUGGAAAGUUCGCAAGAGGCUAACGCAGAAGUCAUGAGAGAGAUGACCAGAAAACUGUACAGUCAGUAUGAAGAACAGCUGCUAGAGGAAGAACGGAAACAUAAACUCGAGAAAGAAACCCUCAUAGCUGAGACAAACAGGCUCCUAAAGGCCAUCGAAGAAGCAAAUAAGAGGAUGAGGCUCACAGAGACAAGUUUGCAAGAAAAAGACCAGAAAAUCGGUGAGCUGGAUCAGUUCAUUCAGCGCAUGGAAGAGGAACGCCACCAACUACAAAAACAACUACUGGAGUAUGAACUCCAACUGAAUGGAGCGAACCUUCACAGCCAUGCCGGCAAGCAGAGGUCACACCACUUGGAGGAGGCGACUGCAAGCCUGCGAGAGCGGAUCCGGCAUCUGGACGACAUGGUGCUUUGCCAACAGAAGAAGGUCAAGCACAUGGUGGAGGAGGUUGAGCUGCAGAAGAGAAAGAUGAAGCAAAAGGAGAUAUUUAUAUUGCAGCUUCUAGAAAAAAUAUCUUUCCUUGAAGGAGAGAAUAAAGAAUUGCAGGACCGUUUGGACUACUUGAUGAUGGAGUCGCAGCCAAAGACUGACGUAGAUACCAGAGAUGUUGGCGUCGGCUGUGAUAUUCCGCUGAGGAAAUUUAUAUCGAGACUUCCAGAUAAAGGUAAAAAGAUCUCUGCUUUUGCAGAUAAACUGAAGGUUGCGAUAACGCAAGAGGAGGAGCAAAGAAGGAGAACGAAGCUUUUGUCUGAGGUUAAACACGAGUUCCAGAGAAGGCAAGAGGAGCUUGACUCCAGCCAAUAUGGAACUGCUGCCAGCCAGGACAACUUGGCCUGCGGAGAUUCGCCUCUGAUUCCUGCCUCUCAUGGGAACGCGGGGGCUGGGCCAGCUGUGCAAAAUCAGCCAAGCGUCUGGGCCACAAAAACUGAACCCGAAGCAGCAGAGCAGGCCCAGGGGGACCCUGAGACUUGUCAAGGGGAGGACCAUGUUUCCCAGGUAUCGGCUGCCUCCAGGUUUCCACACCAUGAUCCAAACAGGUCUGUGGGCAGAAGCAGCGAGGCGCUGGCGGAGGCCUUGGAAAGUAUCUCAAUUGCGGGGAGGGAACAGGAAGGAGCCUCUGGGAAGGGGCUGGACACGGAGAGCAGAGAAAACCCUUUUCAGGGUCUUUCCCACCAGACACCAAAGAUGCCACACUACAUGGAAGUGCUGGAAAUGAGAGCAAAGAACCCUGUGGGGAAAAAGAGCACCUUCAGACCCAACAGAAUCCCAGGCGAGUCGAGCGGAUCAUCCCGUGGCUCCUCUGAAGUGCCAUCCCCUAGAGGUGCCCUCUCCUCCAUUUCUGCCGAAGAAAGACGCCGCAGAGAGAAGCUCCACCUGGAUGACAUCACAGCUGCCCGGCUGCCCCUCCUGCACCACACCCCUGCCCAGCUCCUCUCCUUCCAGGAGUCGAUAGCCAUUCAGGUCCAGCAAAAAGCAGCUUACGAGGAAAUGCAGGCCAAACUUGCCGCCCAGAAGCUGGCCCAAAAGCUUGGCAUUAAGAUGGUUCCCUACGAGCCAGAAGGGGAAGCGGGAGGCAGUUACCGAGAGGCAAAGGAUGAAGAUGGCUACAGCUCAGCCGAAGACUGA